UCGGGGGCAGCAGCGGGCGGAGAGUCAGGUAUCUAUGGUCCUCAUAUCAACAAACAGCCGAUGAUGGCGAAAACUUAUGAUUAUCUGUUCAAGCUGCUACUGAUCGGGGACUCCGGGGUGGGGAAGACCUGUGUGCUGUUCAGGUUCAGCGAGGACGCCUUCAACUCCACCUUCAUCUCCACUAUAGGCAUAGACUUCAAGAUCCGUACCAUAGAAUUGGACGGCAAGAAGAUAAAACUGCAGAUAUGGGACACUGCGGGACAAGAGAGGUUUCGCACCAUCACCACCGCCUAUUAUCGUGGGGCAAUGGGGAUCAUGCUGGUGUACGACAUCACCAACGAGAAGAGCUUCGACAACAUCAAGAACUGGAUCCGCAACAUAGAGGAACAUGCCUCGGCUGAUGUUGAGAAAAUGAUACUCGGGAACAAGUGUGACGUGAAUGACAAGAGACAGGUGUCGAGGGACCGCGGGGAGCAGCUGGCGAUAGAGUAUGGCAUCAAGUUUAUGGAGACGUCGGCCAAGGCUUCCAUCAACGUAGAGGACGCCUUCUUCUCCCUCGCCCGGGAUAUCAAGGCAAAGAUGGAGAAGAAAUUGGAGGCCAGCAACCCUCCCAAGGGCGGCCACGUCAUCAAGCCGGAUGAGCCGCCACGCAAAAACAUCAUGAACUGGCUGGCUAAGUGUAGUCUUCUAUGAUCCCUCACCCUGUUAACACCCCCACUGCUGGCCCCUGCUUCCCUGCUCCCCUGCUCCCCUGCCAACACCCCUCGUCCUACCUACUGGUCCUGGCUACCCUCUGUUACCUCCUGGUCAGCACCCCCUCCCUGUCC